AUGCAGAAAGAACCGAGAUCGCCAUUGUUCAAACUGGAUCGGCUAACAUUCCCUGUUCCCGUGCGCAGAAGUUACAGGAUGGAGGUGUCCUGCCUGGAGCUGGCCCUGGAGGGAGAGCGGCUCUGUAAGGCGGGUGACUACCGAGCGGGAGUCUCGUUCUUUGAAGCUGCCAUCCAGGUUGGAACUGAAGACCUCCAGGUGCUAAGUGCUAUCUACAGUCAGCUGGGAAAUGCCUACUUUCAUCUGCACGACUACGCCAAAGCUCUGGAGUUUCACCGCCAUGAUCUCACACUGACCAGAACAAUCGGUGACCUCAUCGGAGAAGCCAAAGCUAGUGGAAACCUUGGAAACACUCUGAAGGUGCUGGGCCGCUUUGAUGAGGCUGUAGUCUGUUGUCAGCGGCAUUUGGAUCUCGCAAAGGACAUAAGUGACAAGGUCGGACAGGCAAGAGCACUGUAUAACUUUGGCAAUGUAUACCACGCCAAAGGCAAAAGUAUCUGCUGGAGUGGAGCUGAGCCUGGUGACUUUCCAGAAGAGGUUAUGGAAGCCCUAGCAAAAGCGGCAGAAUACUAUGAAGGCAACUUAGCCAUAGUUAAAGAGCUUGGAGACCGGGCCGCUCAAGGAAGAACGUAUGGGAAUCUUGGAAACACGCACUACCUUUUGGGCAACUUCCGCAAAGCAGUUUUCUUUCAUGAACAGCGUCUACUCAUAGCAAAAGAGUUUGGAGACCGCUCGGCUGAGAGACGAGCCUACUGCAAUUUAGGGAAUGCGUUUAUAUUUUUAGGGGAGUUCGAUGUGGCUGCCGAACAUUACAAGCGCACGCUGCAGCUAGCCCGGCAGCUAAAGGAUCGAGCGGUGGAGGCUCAGGCCUGCUACAGUUUAGGAAACACAUACACACUUCUGCAGGACUAUGAGAGGGCGAUCGACUACCACCUCAAACAUCUCAUCAUAGCUCAGGAUCUUAACGACAGGAUUGGAGAAGGUCGUGCAUGCUGGAGUUUGGGAAACGCCCACACUGCUCUGGGAAACCACGACCAGGCCAUGCAUUUUGCCGAGAAACAUCUGGAAAUUUGUAGAGAGACUGGGGACAGAAGUGGGGAACUGACGGCCCGCAUGAAUGUUUCUGAUCUCCAAACAGUGUUGGGUUUCAGCUACAGCACUAACAACUCCACUCUCUCCGACAACAAGGACACAGACUGCAGCUCACACGGAGCAAGACCCAGAAUGAGCAGAAGACACAGCAUGGAGAACCUGGAGCUGGUGUCUCUCACUCCUGAAAAACCAAAUGUUCAGAAAUGGAGCAGCGAUAUCCUGACCAAACCGUCCAAGCCGUCUUUGGGAAAGGCCUCCUCCAAGUUGUUCUUUGUGAAUCGUCUGCGAGGGAAGAAGUACAAGUCCAGUAGCUCGAGUAAAGUUCUCCAAGACACCAGCAACACACUGGACACAAGUCAAGCUAAUGUGCAGGCACCACAGAAGCGUACGAGUCCCGAGACAUUGGGAGACGAGGGCUUCUUUGAUUUGCUCAGUCGCUUUCAGAGCAACCGCAUGGACGACCAACGCUGCUCCGUACAGGACAAGAGCAGCAGGUUGUCGCUCAGCAGCAGCCAAGACUCUCCGCCCAGAACCAUGAGAAAAUCUUUGUCGGAGUCUGCAAACGUGUCGACUACGCACGGCCGGCGGUUGGAGGAGUCUACAGCUCCAGGUGGAAGUCUCCCGGGUUUGAGGGUGAAUCAGAAGGGGAGCCAGGCCGUGCUGAGCCACCUCAUGGCCAACGCCGACAACGCGGAACCUGACGAGGACUUCUUUGACAUGCUCGUUAAGUGCCAGGGUUCUCGUCUGGACGACCAGCGCUGUGCUCCUCCAAUCCCUCAGGUUCGUGGGCCCACGGUGCCAGACGAGGACUUCUUCAGUCUCAUCAUGCGUUCUCAAGCUAAACGUAUGGAUGAACAGCGCGUAACUCUGCCUUUGUCGACCAACACAAGACCAAGCUCCAAUUAA